AUGAGCAGCUUGUCUCCUGCUAUCGCUUUAGCCGUCCGUGAUCGAAGCGCACCCUCUGCUCACACCGUCAACGGGACUUACACGGGCCUUACUCUCGACACCUUCAGCCAGGAGGCCUUUUAUGGUAUACCCUUUGCGAGACCUCCUCUGAGAGACCUACGACUCCGUUAUCCAUUGCCAUAUAACCAGUCAUGGACAGGUUCUCGUAAUGCCACUGUACGGUCGGACUCGUGCCCUGGCUUCGACAAGCCUUUUGCCCAGGGCUUCGCCGACGGCUUAACGAUGGGCGAGAAUUGUUUGACACUUGACAUCGUGAGACCAGCCAAUGUUCAGCCUGGAGAUAACCUCCCCGUCUUCUUUUGGAUAUACGGCGGUGGAUUCAAAGCCGGUGGAUCGGCCGACCCGCGCUACAACACAUCCUUCAUGGUGCGCAACUCGAUGGAAAUGAAGAAGCCAAUCAUCGCCGUAGUGCCCAACUACCGUACAUCGGCAUUUGGCUUGUUGGCAUCCAAAGAAGUCGCGGCGGCGGGAGUAGGCAAUAUUGCCCUAUUCGACCAGCGGGUGGCGAUUAAAUGGGUGUCUGAGAACAUCCGCGCGUUCGGCGGUGACCCUGGCAAGGUCACAAUUGCUGGUGAGAGCGCAGGAGGCUCCUCUGCUGGAUACCAACUGGUGGCAUUUGAGGGGAAGAAUGACGGCCUAUUCAGGAGUGCCAUCUUGGAGAGUUCGAGUUUGCUUGGUGCUUCCAUGAACACCGUCGAGACGCUGAAUGUAACUUACCAAGGGUGGUACGAUAAUAUCACGACAACUGUCGGCUGCAACACAGCUGCGGACUCCCUGGCCUGUCUCCGUACCGUUCCUUACGAGAAGCUCUUCAGCGCCGUGGUCGGUUUCCAGUUCAAACCCUACGUUGACGGAAAAUUCAUCUCUCAGCCUCCCUCCGUCUCUAUCGCAAAGGGCCAGAUCGCUGACGUCGCUCUCAUCAUGGGCUCAAAUACAGACGAGGGCACGGCUGAAUUCUUCACGCCCCGGGGAACUCUGAAUAACGACAGUGACAUCUCUUCUCUGGUUGCGCAUCUUGGCGGUGGUCUCAAUGACUCGGUGGUCGCCAACAUCCUUCGUCUGUAUCCUGACGACCCCAUCCAGGGCUGCCCCUUUGGCACUGGGCCCGAGCGAUUCGCAGACCAGGGCUUCCAGUAUAAGCGUGGUGCUGCCAUUACCGGUGAUGUAAACAUUCAUGCUGGCCGUCGUGCGUACGCCAUCAGCCAUAGCCAGCGCAGUAAGCACCCGAUCUACACUUACCGUUUCGACCAGCCACCGUGGGACAUGCAAGAGGUCGACGUCACCACCACCGCGCCAGUGUAUGCCACGCAUUACACUGAAAUUGUCCAUGUUUUUGAUAAUCCUGAUAAAAACGUCAACUGGAUUGGGCCGUAUCCAAUUAUCUCGGAGCUAGCCACAUUCGUGUCCCGGUCUUGGGUAUCGUUCAUCCAUGAUCAGAAUCCUAAUAACCACGGUCUUGAAGGAAAGCCAGGUUGGCCUGAAUAUAGUGUAUCUAAGCCUCAGAAUAUUGUUUUCAGGGCUGGCGCUAGCUGGGUGGAAGACGACGAUUGGAGAAAGGAGCAGUUGGCGUACUGGAGCACGCUCUGGUCGGAGAUAAUGACGUAG